ACUGUGACCACUGCCAUGGGCUUUGCCAGACAGACACAGCUUUUGCUCUGGAAGAACUGGACCCUGCGAAAAAGGCAAAAGAUUCGCUUUGUGGUGGAACUCGUGUGGCCUUUAUCUUUAUUUCUGGUCUUGAUCUGGCUAAGGAAUGCCAACCCGCUCUACAGCCAGCAUGAAUGCCAUUUUCCUAACAAGGCCAUGCCCUCCGCAGGAGUGUUGCCGUGGCUCCAGGGGAUUUUCUGCAACGUGAACAAUCCUUGUUUUCAAAGCCCCACCCCAGGAGAAUCUCCUGGAAUUGUGUCAAACUAUAACAACUCCGUCUUGGCAAAGGUGUUUCGAGAUUUUCGGGAGCUCCUUGUAGAUGCUCCAGAGAGCCAGCGCCUUGGUGGGGUUUGGACAGACCUCCGCACCUUGUUCCAGCUCAUGGACACUCUGCAGACUCACCCUGAGAAGGUUGCAGGAAGAGGAAUACAAAUUCGGGAUAUCCUAAAAGAUGAAGAGACACUGACACUAUUUCUCAUGAGAAACAUUGGCCUGUCCAACUCAGUGGCUUACCUUCUGGUCAACUCCCAAGUCCGUGUGGAGCAGUUUGCUCAUGGAGUCCCAGACCUGGCGCUGAAGGACAUUGCCUGCAGUGAGGCUCUUUUAGAACGUUUCAUCAUUUUCAACCAGCGACGUGGGGCGAAUAUUGUGCGUGAUGCCCUAUGUUCCCUCUCCCAGGGCACCCUACAGUGGAUAGAAGACACUCUGUAUGCCAAUGUGGACUUCUUCAAGCUCUUCCAUGUGCUCCCCACACUCCUAGACAGAGGUUCACAGGGUAUCAACCUGAGAUCCUGGGGAAGAACAUUAGCUGAUGUGUCACCAAGAAUUCAACAGUUCAUUCAUCGGCCAAGUGUUCAAGACUUGCUGUGGGUGAUCAGACCCCUCCUGCAGAACAGGGGUCCAGAGACCUUCGCACAGCUCAUGGGCACCGUGUCUGACCUCCUGUGUGGAUACCCAGAGGGAGGAGGCUCCCGGGUGUUCUCCUUCAACUGGUAUGAAGACAAUAACUAUAAGGCCUUCCUGGGGAUAGACUCCACAAGGAAAGACCCUAUUUAUUCUUACGACAAAAAAACAACACCCUUUUGUAAUGCACUGAUCCAGAGCUUGGAGUCAAACCCUUUAACCAAAAUAGCCUGGAGGGCAGCAAAGCCUUUGCUGAUGGGAAAAAUCCUCUUCUCUCCUGAUUCCCCUGCAGCACGAAGAAUACUGAAAAAUGCCAACUCAACUUUUGAAGAACUGGAGCGGGUUAGGAAGUUGGUCAAAGCCUGGAAAGAAGUGGGGCCCCAGAUCUGGUACUUCUUUAACAACAGCACGCAGAUGAUGAUGGUCAGGGAUACCCUGGAACACCCAACAGUAAAAGAAUUUUUGAACAGAGAACUUGGUGAAGAUGGCCUUUCUGUUGAAGCCAUAGUAAACUUCUUCUACAAGGGUCCUCGAGUGGGUCAGGCCGACGACACGACCGACUUUGACUGGAGAGACAUAUUUAAUAUCACUGACCACUUCCUACGCUUGGCUGAUCAAUACCUGGAGUGUCUGGUGCUGGAUAAGUUUGAAAGCUAUGAUGAUGAAAAUCAGCUCACCCAACGAGCUCUGUCUCUGCUGGAGGAAAACAGGUUCUGGGCUGGUGUGGUAUUCCCUGACAUGUAUCCUUGGACCAGCUCCCUCCCACCGCAUGUGGAGUACAAGAUCCGGAUGGACAUAGAUGUGGUGGAGAAAACCAAUAAAAUCAAGGACAGGUACUGGGAUUCUGGUCCCAGGGCAGACCCCGUGGAAGAUCUCCGGUACAUCUGGGGUGGCUUUGCCUAUCUGCAGGACAUGAUUGAGCAGGGGAUCACAAGGAGUCAGGCUGGGGUAGAAACUCCAAUUGGAAUCUAUCUUCAGCAGAUGCCCUACCCCUGCUUUGUGGAUGACUCUUUUAUGAUCAUCCUGAACCGCUGUUUCCCUAUCUUCAUGGUGCUGGCGUGGAUAUACUCUGUCUCCAUGACUGUGAAGGACAUUGUCUUGGAAAAGGAGUUGAGGCUAAAGGAGACCUUGAAAAAUCAGGGUGUCUCCAAUGCAGUGAUUUGGUGCACCUGGUUCCUGGACAGCUUCUCUAUCAUGUCAAUGAGCAUCUUUCUCCUGACACUAUUCAUCAUGCAUGGAAGAAUCCUACAUUACAGUGACCCUUCCAUCGUCUUCCUGUUUCUGUUGGUUUUCGCCACUGCCACGAUCAUGCAGUGCUUCCUGCUCAGCACCUUCUUCUCCAAGGCCAGCCUGGCAGCAGCCUGCAGCGGUGUCAUCUACUUCACCCUCUACCUGCCACACAUUCUGUGCUUUGCCUGGCAGGACCAGAUGACAGCCAAGCUGAAGAAAGCUGUGGUGAGGGACUUGGACCUGCUGUCUCCUGUGGCUUUUGGGUUUGGCACUGAGUACCUGGUUCGCUUUGAGGAACAAGGCCUGGGGCUGCAGUGGAGCAACAUCGGGAACAGCCCCAUGGAAGGGGAUGAGUUCAGCUUCCUGUUGUCCAUGCAGAUGAUGCUGCUUGAUGCAGCUCUGUAUGGCUUGCUUGCCUGGUACCUUGACCAGGUGUUUCCAGGUGAUUAUGGAACCCCACUUCCCUGGUACUUCCUUCUACAAGAGUCUUAUUGGCUUGGUGGUGAAGGGUGUUCAACUAGAGAAGAAAGAGCACUGGAAAGGACUGAACCCAUAACAGAGGAGAUGGAGGACCCAGAACACCCAGAAGGAAUGAAUGACUCCUUCUUUGAACGUGAACUUCCAGGCUUGAUUCCUGGGGUAUGCGUGAAGAAUCUGGUAAAGAUUUUUGAGCCCUCCCGCCGGCCAGCUGUGGACUGUCUUAACAUUACCUUCUAUGAGAACCAGAUCACUGCAUUCCUGGGUCACAACGGAGCAGGAAAAACCACCACCUUGUCUAUCCUGACAGGUCUGUUGCCACCGACCUCAGGGACCGUACUCAUUGGGGGAAAGGACAUUGAAACCCACUUGGAUGCAAUCCGGCAGAGCCUUGGCAUGUGCCCACAGCACAACAUCCUGUUCCACCACCUUACAGUGGCUGAGCACAUCCUGUUCUAUGCCCAGCUGAAAGGGAAGUCCUGGGAGGAGGCCCAGCUGGAGAUGGAGGCCAUGCUAGAGGACACAGGCCUCCACCACAAGAGGAAUGAAGAAGCUCAGGACCUCUCAGGUGGCAUGCAGAGAAAGCUGUCUGUCGCCAUAGCCUUUGUGGGAGACGCCAAGGUGGUUGUGCUGGAUGAGCCUACCUCUGGAGUGGACCCCUACUCCAGACGUUCCAUCUGGGACCUGCUCCUGAAGUACCGUGCAGGCAGAACGAUCAUCAUGUCCACCCACCACAUGGACGAGGCAGACCUCCUUGGAGACCGCGUUGCCAUAAUCUCCCAGGGAAGACUUUACUGCUCCGGCACCCCGCUCUUCCUGAAGAACUGCUUCGGCACAGGCUUCUACUUGACCUUGGUUCGCAAGAUGAAAAACAUCCAAAGUCAAGGAGGCAGCUGUGAGGGGACCUGCAGCUGUGCGUCUCCGGGUUUCUCUGUCAGGUGUCCAGCCCGCGUUGAUGAAAUAACUCCAGAGCAAGCCUUGGACGGGGAUGUGAAUGAGCUGAUGGACGUGGUUUGCCACCAUGUUCCAGAGGCAAAGCUGGUGGAAUGCAUUGGUCAAGAAGUCAUCUUCCUCCUUCCAAAUAAGAAUUUCAAGCAGAGGGCAUAUGCUAGCCUCUUCAGAGAGCUGGAGGAGACCCUGGCGGACCUGGGGCUGAGCAGUUUUGGAAUUUCUGACACACCCCUGGAAGAGAUUUUUCUGAAGGUCACAGAGGACUCCGAUUCAGGACUUCUGUUUUCUGGUGGCACUCAGCACAAAAGGGAACAUGUCAAUCUCCGCCACCCCUAUUUGGGGCUUAGCAAGAAGGCGAGGCAGCCUGCCGAAGACUCCAACAGCUGCUCUCCAGAGCAGGAGGCUCACCCCGAGGGCCAGCCUCCCCCGGAGCCGGAGCAACCCAGUUUCUCACUCAACACGGGUGUGCGGCGGGUCCUGCAGCAAGUGCAAGCGCUGCUGGUGAAGCGAUUCCACCACACAGUUCGCAGCCACAAGGACUUCCUGGCUCAGAUUGUGCUCCCAGCCACGUUUGUGCUUUUGGCUCUGAUGCUUUCCAUGAUUGUGCCUCCUUUUGGUGAAUUUCCUGCCUUGACUCUUCACCCCUGGAUAUACGGGCAGCAGUAUACCUUCUUCAGCAUGGACGAGCCUGGCAAUGAGCGCCUUGCAGUGCUGGCAGACGUCCUCCUGAACAAGCCAGGCUUUGGCAACCGCUGCCUGAAGAAAGCGUGGCUUCUGGAGUACCCCUGUGGCAAUUCAACCCCCUGGAAGACUCCCUCUGUGUCCCCGAACAUCACGCAUCUAUUCCAGAAGCAGAAAUGGACGCCAUCUAAUCCCUCACCCUCCUGCAAGUGCAGCACCAGAGAGAAGCUCACCAUGCUGCCUGAGUGCCCUGAGGGAGCUGGGGGGCUCCCACCCCCACAGAGAACACAGGGUAGCACUGAAAUCCUACAAGACCUUACCAACAGGAACAUUUCUGACUACUUGGUAAAAACGUAUCCUUCUCUUAUAAGAGGCAGCUUAAAGAGCAAAUUCUGGGUCAAUGAACAAAGGUAUGGAGGAAUUUCCAUUGGGGGAAAGCUCUUGGUUCUCCCUGUCACUGGGGAAGCAGUUGUUGCCUUUUUAAGUGACCUUGGCCAGAUAAUGAAUGUGAGCGGGGGCCCUAUCACCAGAGAAGUCUCUAGAGAAAUGUCUGAUUUCCUCAAACAUCUUGAAACAGAAGACAAUAUUAAGGUGUGGUUUAACAACAAAGGCUGGCAUGCCCUGGUCAGCUUCCUGAAUGUGGCCCACAAUGCCAUCCUCCGGGCCAGCCUGCAUGAAGACAGGCACCCGGAGGAGCAUGGAAUCACCAUCAUCAGCCAGCCUCUGAACCUCACCAAGGAACAGCUCUCAGAGAUUACCGUGCUGACCACUUCAGUGGAUGCUGUGGUUGCCAUCUGUGUGAUUUUCGCCAUGUCCUUCGUCCCAGCCAGCUUUGUUCUUUACUUGAUCCAAGAGAGGGUGACUAAAGCCAAGCACCUCCAGUUUAUCAGUGGAGUGAGCCCCACCACUUACUGGCUGACCAACUUCUUCUGGGACAUUAUGAACUAUGCUGUCAGUGCAGGACUGGUGGUUGGCAUUUUCAUUGGGUUUCAGAAGAAAGCUUACACUUCUGCACAGAAUCUUCCUGCCCUCAUCGCGUUGCUCAUGCUUUAUGGGUGGGCAGUCACUCCUAUGAUGUACCCAGCAUCCUUCCUGUUUGAUGUCCCCAGCACAGCUUAUGUGGCUUUGUCUUGUGCUAAUCUGUUCAUUGGCAUCAACAGCAGCGCCAUCACCUUCAUCUUGGAAUUAUUUGAGAAUAACCAGACGCUGCUCAGGAUCAACGCCCUGCUGAGGAAGCUACUCAUUAUCUUCCCUCACUUCUGCCUGGGUCGGGGCCUCAUUGACCUGGCACUGAGUCAGGCUGUGACAGACGUCUAUGCCCGGUUUGGUGAAGAACACUCUUCAAAUCCAUUCCGGUGGAACAUGAUUGGGAAGAACCUGGUUGCCAUGGCAACUGAAGGGGUGGCGUACUUCCUUCUGACCCUCCUCAUCCAGCACCACUUCUUCCUUACCCGAUGGGUUGCUGAGCCAGCCAGGGAACCCAUUGUCGAUGAAGAUGAUGAUGUGGCUGAAGAAAGAAAAAGAAUUACUGGUGGGGGAAGUAAAACCGAUAUCCUAAAGCUAAAUGAACUAACCAAGGUCUAUUCAGGCUCCUCCAGCCCAGCAGUGGACAGGCUGUGUGUCGGGAUCCGCCCUGGAGAGUGCUUUGGUCUACUAGGAGUCAAUGGAGCUGGCAAAACAACCACAUUCAAGAUGCUCACUGGUGACACCACAGUGACUUCAGGUGAUGCCACUGUUGCAGGCAAGAGUAUUUUAACUAAUAUUUCCGAUGUUCAUCAAAGAAUGGGCUACUGUCCUCAGUUUGAUGCAGUUGAUGACUUGCUCACAGGCCGAGAACAUCUUUACCUUUAUGCUCGGCUUCGGGGUGUUCCAGCAGAAGAAAUUGAGAGGGUUGCAAACUGGGGUAUUCAGAGCCUGGGACUAUCUUUCUACGCCGAUCGCCUGGUUGGCACCUAUAGUGGUGGCAAUAAGCGGAAACUCUCCACAGCCAUAGCACUAAUUGGCUGCCCACCACUGGUGCUGCUGGAUGAGCCCACCACAGGGAUGGACCCCCAGGCACGCCGCAUGCUGUGGAACACCAUUGUGAGCCUCAUCAGAGAAGGAAGAGCCGUGGUCCUCACUUCCCACAGCAUGGAAGAAUGCGAGGCACUGUGCACCCGGCUGGCCAUCAUGGUGAAGGGCACCUUUCAGUGCCUGGGCACCAUUCAGCACCUCAAGUACAAGUUUGGAGAUGGCUACAUUGUCACAAUGAAAAUCAAGUCUCCAAAGGAUGACCUCCUCCCUGACCUGAACCUAGUGGAGCAGUUCUUCCAAGGGAACUUUCCAGGCAGUGUGCAGCGGGAGAGACACUACAACAUGCUCCAGUUCCAGGUCUCCUCCUCUUCCCUGGCCAGGAUCUUCCAGCUGCUCAUCUCCCACAAGGACAGCCUGCUCAUCGAGGAGUACUCGGUCACGCAGACCACACUGGACCAGGUAUUUGUGAACUUUGCUAAACAGCAGACUGAAACUCAUGACCUCCCUUUGCACCCUCGGGCUGCUGGAGCCAGACAACAAGGCAAGGUCUGACCUCCAUCCAUACUACUCAUUCCCUACAUCUGGAAAGAAACUGUGGCAGCCGGAGUACAGGAGCUUCUGUCCAUAGGGUCAUUGGAACCACUGGCCAGCACAAGUGAUCCUGCUGCAGCAGGAAACAGACACAUGAAGUUAUAUGGUGAGAUCACAGGGAGGCUCCCUUAGAAGGAAACCCAAGCUGACUGACUCACCUGGACAACCUGGUGGUGACAUUGACCCCGACAAACAAAUACAACUUUGCAUCUACUCCAGAGAAGAACUCCAAGUCCAGCCCACUCGUCAAUUUGACCUCAAUAUUGCUGUCAUUUCAAAAGGCUUGUGUUGAGGAUAGGAGCU